UUCCCCGCAGCCUUUGGGCCCGAUCCAUAAAGGGGGCCUGGUGACUUUUUAAAAAAACCCUUUUUUUUUCCAGCUCCCCAACCAGAACCAGACAGCCAUGAACCCCGAGGAGACGGAGCUUGGCCAGGAGGUUAUGGAAGAGAACAACGCCGCUCCUCGCCAGCGCCACAACAACCACAACAGCCGGCCCCGUAACCACAGCAACCAGGAAAAGCGCUACAGACGCUUUGAGGCCCCUGCUGGAGGGAGUGCUGGCAGCAGAGCGAGGGUGUCGCAACAGCGCAGGCCACAGGAGGAGCCGGACGUGGAGAUGCAACACGGAUCUCAGUCAGCACAACCCCAACAGCCCCAACAGCCACAGCCCAUCCCCCGACCCGCGGUGACACGGUACCGCCGGCAGGGGGACAGCGAGGCACGGAUCAGGGCUCAGCAGCAGAGGCACAGACAGAGGCAGCAGAGAGAGGCGGAGAAAGCACAACAACAGGAGAGGCAGCAGCAUGCGGAGAUGACCCGGGAGGAUGAGCGAGAGAGGGACGAUUCAGUGCUGGCCCGCUCAGCGAGCACGGAGAGCGGCUUCCACACCCAUACCGACCGGGCCGAGGGGGACGAUGGUCUGGUGAUGAUGUCUCUGGAGCCCGAGGGGCAGCCAGAGGCGGAGGACGAGGCGGGGAACUACGCAGUCCAGCUACGGCCGGAGGCGGAGGGGUACACAGAGAGUGCCGAGGCUGAACAGCAACACCAACAACCCCCUCCUAACUAUCCUCCUCAGCCCCCGCCACUGCCACUUGAGCCCCUGCCUGAUAUCCAAAACCCCCAGAGACAGGAUGAAGCAGAGGAGAUGCUGAACACUGGCUACUCCAACUACGUCUACACCCGGCCCCUCAGCCACCCCGGAGGGAUGGCCGACUUCUCGGCCAGCCAGAGCUCGGAGAGUUUAGACGCUGUUCUUGCGGACGAAGCCUACUCUGAGCCAUAUGACAUUUACUCACUCUCUGAGCAUGUUUACGAGGAAAUCUGUGACGCUCCCGCUUCAGUUUCCUCCGCUGCAGACGGCGCUGAGGACACAGAGUCUCUCCAAAAGAGGCGGGCCGGCUUUCAGCUGUUGGAGGGCCUGACGAGAGGUGGAGACUACCAUCAGCAGGAGGCGGUGGGCUCCCGUCUUCGCCACUACGACGAACGCUCUGACGGCGAGUCAGACAGCCCUGAGAAGGAGGCGGAGUUUGCCCCGUACCCCCGCGCAGACAGCUGCGACCAGGAGGAGGACAUCGACAGCAUCGUGGCUGAGGUCAAAGAAAGCCUGAGCUCCCAGAGUCUUCAUCGUGCUGCGGAAGACACCAUAGAUGAAGAAAAUGAGCUACAGCAGGAAGAAGAAAAGUCCCAAAUGGACUCUGACGAGACCAACGGCGCUGGCGCCCCAGGGCAGCCAGCCAGAAGAGCGUCUGUGAGUCCUCCAGAGGAGCCUGCAGCAGUGAGGAACAGCCAGGAGAAGAGGGACGCCAUCUCCCUGGCCAUCAAGGACAUUAGGGAGGCCAUAGAGGAGGUGAAGACCAGAACAGUGAGAUCUCCAUACACACCUGAUGAGCCCAAGGAGCCCAUCUGGGUAAUGAGGCAGGAUCUGAGCCCCACCGCUGAAUGUGACCUCCAGUCAUCACUGGGGGGGGACUCUCCUGGUUCAGGCUCGCCCUCCCCCCCGGGAGCAGAGUCGUCCAGCAGACUGCUGCUGCAGGAUGACAGCACGGAGUCUUCUCCCUCCAGUAAAGAGUCCAGGAGAAGCCUUGCGUCGUUCCCCACUUAUGUAGAAGUCCCGGGCCCCUGUGACCCCGAGGACCUGAUCGAUGGGAUCAUCUUCGCCGCCAACUACCUGGGCUCCACCCAGCUGCUGUCGGAUAAGACUCCGUCCAAGAACAUCCGCAUGAUGCAGGCACAGGAGGCAGUCAGCCGCAUCAAGACGGCCCAGAAAUUAGCCCAGAACAAGAAGAAGGCCCCUGAGGGUGAGCCUCAGCCAAUGACAGAGGUGGAUCUCUUCAUCUCCACGCAGAGAAUCAAAGUGCUCAACGCUGACUCCCAGGAGACUAUGAUGGACCACCCUUUGCGGACCAUCUCCUACAUUGCUGACAUCGGCAACAUCGUGGUCCUGAUGGCCCGGCGCAGGAUGCCUCGAUCCGACUCUCAGGAGAAUGUGGAGGCCUCAGACCCGGGCCAAGACAGCAAGCGCCAGUACAAGAUGAUCUGCCACGUGUUUGAGUCUGAGGAUGCCCAGUUGAUUGCCCAGUCCAUCGGGCAGGCCUUCAGUGUGGCUUACCAGGAAUUUCUACGAGCCAAUGGCAUUAACCCAGAGGAUCUGAGCCAGAAGGAGUACAGUGACCUGCUCAACACUCAGGACAUGUACAAUGAUGACCUCAUCCACUUCUCCAAGUCUGAGAACUGCAAAGAUGUGUUCAUAGAAAAAGCCAAGGGGGAGAUUCUGGGCGUGGUCAUUGUGGAGAGUGGGUGGGGCUCCAUCCUGCCCACUGUCAUCAUUGCCAACAUGAUGCAUGCUGGGCCGGCUGAGAGGUCUGGGAAACUGAACAUAGGAGACCAGAUCAUGUCCGUUAAUGGGACAAGUCUGGUGGGAUUGCCACUGUCCACCUGCCAGACCAUCAUUAAGGGUCUGAAGAACCAGUCCGGGAUCAAGCUAAACCUCGUCAGAUGCCCCCCAGUGACCACUGUACUCAUCAGACGGCCAGACCUCCGCUACCAGCUGGGCUUCAGCGUCCAGAAUGGCAUUAUCUGUAGCCUUAUGCGUGGGGGCAUCGCCGAACGUGGCGGCGUCAGAGUGGGUCACCGCAUCAUUGAGAUCAACAGCCAGAGCGUGGUGGCCACGCCCCACGAAAAGAUUGUCCACAUCCUGUCCAGCGCUGUGGGAGAGAUCCACAUGAAGACGAUGCCCGCAGCCAUGUACCGCCUGCUGACCGCCCAGGAGCAGCCAGUUUACAUUUAACAAGACAAGGCCCUGAGUUCACAAAUCCUUUAAUCCCCCCCCCCCCCCCCCCCCCCACCCACCUACCCACCCCACACACCCACCUCUGCCCAGCCUAGCGCUCAUCCUGCCCCCUCCUGUUCACAGCUGACUACAGUGAGUAGUUUGUACGAUUGUUGCUAAAACUAGAAACCCAAAUCUCUCGUCACUGAAUGAUUUUCCUGCUUUGGCUAAAUGUACAAUUGGUGAAAAGGUGUUCACGCCUGAUGUAUUAGGAAGCGCUUACUAGUGCCCCACAAUCCUCAACUGCUCUUCGUGGUUCACAAGUGUAUCUUUAAUGUUCGGUUUAGGCAACUAACACAGUUUUGGUCACUGGUAAACUAGAAGGAUGAGAACUUCUCACACACUGGAAACCUUAUUUUAAAGAGCAGGGACUCUGACGGUGGACCUUAGCACUCUGUAACUGUAACUUCUGCCGUCCUGCUGUUUCACUGGCAGAACACUGCCUUUCUUGUUAUAUUUCUUUCACCAAAUCCUUCACGUGAGCCAACCAUUUUUUCAUGAUGUAGCUACAUUUCAUGGGACCAAGCUUGCAUUUCAGCUCUCCUCCUGCUGCCUCCUGUUAUCCACUAUAAAUACUGUGCGUUGGUGUUCUUUGCAGAGCUCUCCACAGAGGGAGUAUGUGAAUCUUGCUGACAAAUGAGUGUGUGAACACACACCCCCUAUCGUCACAUUCCACACGUUUGCUGCAUUAAGAGUUGUUGUUGCAAAGCUUUCCAACUCUACUGUAGUCACUUGUUACAGUAGUAGUUUCCAUUGCAUCUGUUUCCUGUCUGAAUCCUCUGUACAUAGCACAGGCAGGAGCUCCAGUCAGCAUGUAACACCCCCAUUAAACUAAUACUCCCCUUACACCAAACCUGAUGACCAACCAUGUCCCUAUGUCCAAGUGUUUGCACAAUAUGCCGGAAUGUGAGUCUAAAUAACCCCAGACUGUUCUCAACUACUGUAACAA